AUGGUGAAGGAGACGAUCCGGGUGUACGCGCGGGUGAAGCCGCUGGGCAGGCGGCAGCAGGCGGGGAGUUAUUCAGUUGAUAAUGAGGAACCUAUAUCUAGUCUGGCGAUUACUGUGCCACGUGAUUUGGCAGAUGGCUUCAUCAAUAAUAAACGAGAAAGCUACAAGUUCAAAUUUCAGAAAAUUUUUAAUCAAGAGGCAAAACAAGAUGUGAUUUUUGACAGCAUCGCCAAACCAGUAGCAGAAUGUGUUUUGGCUGGAUACAAUGGUACUAUCUUUGCAUAUGGUCAGACAGGCAGUGGCAAAACUUUUACCAUCACAGGAGGAGCUGAACGUUACAGUGAUCGAGGCAUUAUUCCCAGGACUUUAUCUUAUAUUUUUGAUCAAUUGCAGAAGGAUAGCAGUAAAGUGUACACAACUCAUGUUUCCUACUUAGAAAUCUACAAUGAAUGUGGUUAUGAUCUGCUGGACCCGAGACAUGAGGCAUCCAGAAUGGAAGACUUGCCAAAAGUGACAAUAAUGGAAGACUCUGAUCAAAACAUUCAUCUGAAAAACUUGUCUCUUCAGCAAGCAACUAAUGAAGAGGAAGCCUUAAACCUACUCUUCUUGGGGGAUACCAACAGAAUGAUUGCUGAGACACCAAUGAAUCAAGCCUCAAGCCGAUCUCACUGCAUUUUCACUAUUCACAUCUCCAGCAAGGAACCUGGAUCUGCAACUGUCCGACGCUCCAAGUUGCAUUUAGUAGACCUUGCUGGAUCAGAACGUGUUGCAAAGACUGGAAUUGGAGGUCACUUACUGACAGAAGCCAAAUACAUCAACCUGUCAUUACAUUUUUUGGAGCAGGUAAUAAUCGCCCUUGCAGAGAAGAACCGGUCCCACAUUCCUUACCGAAACUCUAUGAUGACCUCAGUGCUAAGAGACAGCCUGGGAGGAAACUGCAUGACUACCAUGAUAGCAACACUUGCUAUGGACAAAAGAAAUAUAGAUGAAUCUAUAUCAACCUGCAGAUUUGCACAGCGAGUUGCUCUUAUUAAGAAUGAAGCAGUUCUUAAUGAAGAAAUUGACCCCAGAUUGAUGAUUGUCCAGCUGAAAAAGGAGAUCCAGGAUUUGAAGGAUGAGUUGGUGCUGUUGACUGGCAAACAAAGAACAUCAGAGCUUUCCCAAGAAGAGCUACUUCAGUUGGAUGAGUUAAUUGAAACAUUUCUCAAAGAUAAUGAUCCUGACAGCUCUCUGGAUGUUGGUGCUGACAUGCGCAAGAUAAAGUAUUGCUUCAUUCAUAUGAAGCAAAUUAUAAAUCAUCCAAUGACUUCAGGUAAAAAAUUGCUCUCUCAAGACAUCUCUGAAGAACAAAACAAUAAUGAAGAACUGGAAAAACUGAAAGGAGUUCUGCAACAAAGAGACAAUGAAAUCAAUAUUCUGGUAACUAUGCUAAAAAAAGAAAAAAAAAAAGCACGAGAUGCUCUUUCCCAGUUUAAUGCCACCUCUGCUGGCUCUGCGCUCUUGGAGCAGUCUCCUUCUAUGAGCCUGGAAGAAAGUCAGAGUCCAUCUAGAUGUUUUAGUCUGAAAGAAACAAAAGUUCUCAGCUCUUCUGUUCCCAGACUACCUUUUCUUUCCAGAGCAACAGAAGGAAAGAUGUCACUUGGAUGUCAGGAAGCUUUUGAAGUUUUCAAGUGGGACCAUGCUGACAGUAUAACCAUCGAGGACAACAAACAGCUUCUGAAGCAGAGGUUUGAAGAAGCUAAAUGCCUAGGAGAGAAAUUAAAUGAAGUGAGAAACAAAAUAAACCAUCUGAAAGGAAAGAUAAUCCAGAGGCAGAUUCGGAGAGCAGCUCUAGCUGUUUCAAAUCCUUCUGAAGAACUAGUGUCUGAUCCAGAAGAAGAGAAUCUCCGAAUGCAAAUCGAAGAAGAAAAGAAAAGCUACAAAAUAGCGUACAGUCGCUUCAAAGAGCUGAAAGUAGAGAUUGAGCACCUGCAGCUUCUUAUGGAAAAAGUAAAGAUGAAGCUGCAGAAAGACUUUGAAGUCUGGUGGUUUGAAGAGGCAAAAAAAAUCCGGCAGGAAAAGCCAGAGAUGGUUGUUUCACCAAAUACUGCCACUGUUUAUCCACAGUAUAUCAGAUCCUCACAGCAUCUAUCACCUAACAGUUUUUCAGACACCAGUAGAGACAGCCCUUAUGAAGAUCCAGCUGUGAAAAGCAAUUCAAACACUUCUGGUAACACAUCUUUAAAAACAAGGACCCCACCAAGUACAUCUAUUCCUCUGACUGGAGACAGCCAGGCUGAUGCUGACAUCCUAGCUUUCAUUAAAGCAAGACAGAACAUCCUGCAAAAGAAAGACAAUGAAACCUGA